UUGAUUGAAUAAUUUUUAAACAUAUAUAAAAGUACACGUAUGCUGUUGAUAUUUGUAGAUUAGUGACUAUAAUUGUGUGUUUUUUGCAGACAUGUGGAGAACGAGCGUGUGUGAAGGGUGUAAUGAGCUCAUUCAGGACAGGUACAUGCUCCGCGUGCAGGAUGGACUGUGGCACGAGCGCUGUCUGCACUGCGCUUCAUGCAGCCAGCCGCUGAAAAACACCUGCUUUCUCCGCAAUAAAACCCUGUACUGCAAGCAAGACUACCAAAAGUUGUUUUUGGUGCGGUGCAAAGGUUGUGCAGAGGUCAUCUCUCCGGCCGAUCUGGUGAUGCGCGCAGGCACUGCCGUGUUCCACCUGCGAUGUUUCUGCUGCUGCGUGUGUUCCUGCAGACUGCAGAAGGGGGACCACUGUGUGCUCAUGGGGGACAGGCUGCUCUGUGCCAGAGACUAUCACAACACACUGGCUAGCCCCAUCACCUCAGACUCAGGUAAAAGUGAAGAUGAAGAGGAGGAAGAUGACGAAGGCAACAUUAAUACAGGGCCCAGCAACACACCAGCAGACGUAGAGCACAAGAGACCUAAAAGGCCUCGUACCAUCCUCACAACACAGCAGAGACGAGCUUUCAAAGCCUCAUUUGAGGUCUCGUCCAAGCCAUGUCGAAAGGUAAGGGAGACGCUGGCAGCAGAGACAGGACUGAGCGUACGAGUCGUUCAGGUCUGGUUCCAGAACCAAAGAGCCAAGAUCAAAAAAAUGGCACGAAGACAACAACAGCAGAAGCAAAGUGUGUCCCCUCAGGAGAAAAGAGACAGUCAAGCACAACACACGGCGCCCUCUUGUGGAGCCCUGCCCACUGAACUCGAAUGUACCGGCUCAUAUGUCUCCCUGUCCCAGCAGAACAUCAAUCUAGAGUCAUACAGCUUCAAACUAGACCCCUUUAGACAGGGUCUCACCCCACCUCAGAUGCCUGGAGACCACAUGCAUCCCUAUGGUUGUGACACUCUUUAUGACAAUGCAGACAGUGACCCUCUGUGUCACUUUGAAGACUGUCUGUCAAGCAGCGAUCCCUCCCUGUUAACACCCAUUGACCGAUUGUGUUCAAUGCAAGAUUCGUACUUUACAUCUUGAGCAUCGUUCAAGACGGAGUGUGUGUGUGCGUGUGUGUGCGUGUGUGUGUGUGUGUGUGUGUGUGUGUGUGUGUGUGUGUGUGUGUGUGUGUGUGUAAGAAGAGUUUAUUUCCAAAAUGAGAUAAAAAAAUUAAAUCAUGUUUUUUUAUUACAUUCCAAUUAAUAUCAAUCAAACUGCUGUUUGUUGGUUUUGAUUUAAGCCAUAAUAACUAAAAAAAUACAGCUAACUAACACAAUAGAAACAUGAUAACAUAAUAAAAAAACAUGAUUUUUUAAUUUAAAAAAAAACGGAGUUAUCUAAUUUUGGAAACAAACUCUUCAUAUAUUUACUGUAUGUAUGCAUGUAUGAAUGUGUUUGUGCUGCUUGUGUGUGUAUUUUGUUUUUGCAUGUAUCGGGACUCUUAGACGGUGGUGACUGAAAUGUUCAUGUAAAAAAAGUUUUCUGUGUUGUUUGUAUUUAUUAUGGUUUGUGUGUGCUCUGGACUGCAUUACAAUAAAAUGAUAACUGGAAAAAAGUUCUCCAAAAUGUAUAGAACUUAUGCAAGUUAUCUGUGUCUUUGUACAUUUGA